AGAACGGAGUUCCUGUGUCCGAAGUCCGGACUCAAUUUGAAAAUAGAAAUGGUACCCACUUGGUAUUUUCUGAGUAUUUCUGACUUAACUGGUCUUAAACUGGACCGUAUUCUUGUAAACCGGAUUAAUCGGCGGUACUAGCUCCGGCAACAUCUGUAGAUGCCAUAACUAGCGGCAAUGUGGCAGACACGACUUCCUAGGCAGUCUCUCUUCUUACAUUUCUCGCCGCCUUUUCUGCUUCUCCUAGUUUUCCUCCUCCUCCCUUCCUCAACACAGUCAACGUCAUCGUGUCAAUUCACUUCGAACUUGGACAGAGGAAAGGUUAAUGCAAAAACCCAAUCUGAAAGACGUGAAGACGAAUGUGAUGAAGCUGUUCUGCUCAAGUGUGGAUUUAAGAUGUUGGGUGCAGACUUGUUCAAUGAUACUAAGAUGCUGGAGAUUAAUAAUGGUGCCAAAGAGCUUAACAUCCCCACCAGCGAUGCCAACAGGAAACUGGUUGCUUCGGACAAUGGGGGCUUGCAGAACCCAUCUUAUUUGAUAUUUAAUCCUGAGUGGGAUUCUAAAGAAGCACCAAGUCCUAACAAAAGAUUCAACUAUCCAUCAGUGCCAGGUGUGCAGAAGCCAAUUUCUGAUGAAGACAUUGCUUUUAUGACUGUUCUUGAACUGGGGCACCUCUUUAAGACCAAACAAAUUUCAUCUGAGAAGCUUACGGAGAUUUUUCUGAAGAGGCUGAAGAGGUAUAAUCCUGUUCUUGAAGCUGUAAUCACUUUCACUGAGGAACUGGCAUAUAAGCAAGCCAAGGAGGCUGAUCAUCUGCUGUCCCAAGGAGUGUAUUUAGGUCCCCUUCACGGAAUACCUUACGGGUUGAAGGACAUCAUUGCAGUGCCUCAAUACAGAACAACUUGGGGUUCAACAUCAUUUAAAGAUCAAGUUCUGGAUGUUGAAGCCUGGGUGUACAAGAGGUUAAGUACUGCCGGUGCAGUCCUUGUUGCGAAGCUUGUCACUGGAUCGCUGGCUUAUAAUGACAUUUGGUUCGGGGGUAGGACAAGAAAUCCAUGGAAUAUUGAGGAGUUCUCAUACGGUUCGUCAGCUGGACCUGCUUCAAGCACCUCAGCUGGAUUGGUUCCUUUUGCGAUUGGCUCAGAGACUGCCGGGUCCAUGAUGUACCCUGCUGAUCGUUGUGGAGUGACUGCAUUGCGUCCAACUUUUGGGACUGUAGGUCGAACUGGUGUAAUGAGCGUGUCUGACAGCCUGGAUAAGCUUGGACCAUUCUGUAGAAGUGCGUCAGAUUGUGCAAUUAUCCUUGAUGCUAUCAGGGGAAAGGAUCCAGAUGAUCUUUCUUCGAGAAACAUCAUCUUUGAUGAUCCCUUCAUGGUGGACAUAACAAAGCUAAGUGUUGGUUAUCUCGAGGAUGCUAGCAUGGAGGUUGUUCACGUUCUCCAGUCAAAGGGUGUUAAAAUGGUUCCUUUUGAGUUGAAUUAUACAGUUGACUCUGUUCAAGGAAUCUUAAACUAUGCAAUGGAUGUCGAAAUGUUGGUAAACUUUGACGAGUGGCAGCGUAAUGGAUUGGAUGAUGAAUACGAAGUUCAAGAUCAGUGGCCUCUUGUACUUCGUCGUGCACGUGUGAUGACCGCUGUGGAUUAUUUUCAGGCGCAAAGAGCACGCGGUAAAUUGAUACGUGAGGUAAGGGAGAGUUUCACAGUUGAUGCAUUUGUUGGUAGUGUGACCGAACGCGAUAGAGUAUGCAUGGGCAAUCUAGUGGGGUUGCCUGUUGUGGUAGUUCCUACUGGAUUUACUGAGAUCUCUGACCCCCCUUCAGUGAGAAAAACUGCAGUAACAACGGGUAUAUAUGCACCUCCUGAUCGAGAUCACAUUGCUCUCGCAUUGGCCAUGGCUUAUCAGUCUGUUACUGAUCAUCACAAACAACGCCCCCCUAUUGAUGAUAUUGGUUCACAUGUUGAUAUCUAAUCCGUGUAAACUUAUCAUUCCUCCCAGUCCCAGUCACCUGCAAACUGCAAUGAUCACAAGUUCAUUGUGAAGGACGUUGAGUUUGAGUUUUGGAUACUCUUUUGGUAGCCAAGGUAGUUGUAUUCUGUUUAAAUUUCGAAUUUGUUCCGUUGGCCUCAGUUGCAACACUAAUAAGGUGGCUUUACUUGUCUGCUUUGUUCUGAAUCUUAAACGGAAUCCACUGUCCCAUUUGCUUCUUUGCAUAAUGUAAUAUCCUUUUAAAUUCAACUACUUUAUAUUUCAUGAUUUUUUUCUCA